AUGCUGCUUCCCGCCAUGCUGCCGCGAAGUCGUGCCCCCGGCGAGCCUCCGCCUCCGCCGAUGUGCUGGCCGCAGGGCACGCAGCCGAUGCCCGCGCAGCAGGCGCUGCAGGCGCAGUCGCAGCGGCUGGGCAUGCGGGCGCCGCACGCGCCCUGGGCCGCCGACGACGACCCUGGCAGCGGCGACCUCAUGGAGGUCAUGUGCGACAACCCAGGCCUGUUCGUGGGCCAGCCCCUCAACAAGCUGGGCGUGUUCCUUGGCGAGCACAGCGGCGCGGAGGGCGCGACGAACUCCCGGCGGCAACACCGUGCCCUUGACGGCAAUGAGCCGGUCCGGGUUCGGACCAGGUUGGACUGCCCGAAGGCGGGCCCCGCCGCUGGCCUGCGCAGCACGGCGGCGCCCGCGAGCAGGGCGGCCCCGACGGUGCCGAGCCACCCACCGGGGCGCCUGGGGCUGCCGCCGGUGCUCGGCCAGCGGCAGAGCGCGUGCGGCUUCCCAUCGCCCGCUGGCCUGGGC